GAUGAAAAGGAAACUCUUCCUGUAUAACUUCAAAAACCUGCGCUGGGCCAAGGGCCGGCGUGAAACCUACCUCUGCUAUGUCGUGAAGCGCCGUGACAGUGCCACAUCGUGCUCCCUGGACUUUGGAUACCUGCGCAAUAAGAUGGGCUGUCACGUCGAGGUGCUCUUCCUGCGCUACAUCUCAGCCUGGGACCUGGACCCAGGCCGCUGCUACCGUAUCACCUGGUUCACCUCCUGGAGCCCCUGUUAUGACUGUGCCCGACACGUGGCCGACUUCCUGCGUGCCUACCCCAACCUGACACUCCGCAUCUUCACAGCACGCCUCUACUUCUGUGAGGAUCGCAAGGCAGAGCCUGAGGGGCUGAGGCGCCUGCACAGGGCAGGGGCCCAAAUUGCCAUCAUGACCUUCAAAGAUUACUUCUACUGCUGGAACACAUUUGUGGAGAACAGGGAAAAGACAUUCAAAGCCUGGGAAGGGCUGCAUGAAAACUCUGUCCAUCUGUCCAGGAAACUUCGACGGAUCCUCCUGCCACUGUACGAAGUAGAUGAUUUACGAGAUGCCUUUAAAACUCUUGGACUUUGACGUGAAAGUCAUCAGCAAUCAGAAGACUUCACAAACACUUGUUCUUUGAUUUCCAACUCUCU